AUGGGUCUUGCGUAUAACGUCUACCUCAACUCUGCUAAAAUAUUUGGCUGCAAGAACUGCAAGACACACCUCGCUGACUUCGACGACAUAAUUUCGCGCAACUUCCGGGGCCAGCAUGGGAAGGCCUUUCUGUUCUCGACGGUCGUCAAUAUCAAGCAGGCCGAGGCUAUGGAACGCAAUAUGACCACCGGAAGACAUAUCGUGAGAGAUAUCAAGUGCAAACAGUGUGAUGAGACAGUGGGUUGGAAAUACGACAAGGCAUACGAGGCGGCAGAAAAGUACAAGGAGGGCAAAUUCAUACUGGAAAGUGAACUGCUUUGCACGGUGACUUGA